UUGUUCUAGUUGAAUCAGUGGGAAAUCCUCGUGGAUGGAGCAAGCAUCUCUCUCUUUACCGUCCUCUCCCCCGACACAAUUCUUAGCUCAUUGAAUAAACAAGUCCCGCUCAGCAGGGAAGCGUCAUUUUGAUUUCUAGAAGAAACCGAAAAAAAAAACCAACAUGAAACGUGGAACAGAUCUUCGCAAUCGCAUCUCAUCUAAACAAGACGAGGAGCCAAAGAAACCAAGGUUUGAAAAGAGAGAAGAAUUUGAUCUCAUUCCUGUCGACAAGAAAAGCUCGGUCUUUAAGGUAGCGUUUGAUUACUACACUCCGCGUUCUCAUUUUGUGAUCCUUCCUCGUGAUGGCGGACCUGGGGUCGAAGGGAACGACUAUAACAAUUUGAGCACUGAGACAAAGCAAGAAUUAGUCAGAGUUGCUUCGGCGAUUGUUUCGGAGUACAAACUGAAGACGCUGGCAACGUUGUCGGUUCAUCGUGGGUCGUGGAUCACCACCAAGCGUAUGUUCCACGCUCAUGUGUGCGCUGAUGUUGAUGAUUACAUCAAAGUGUUUAAGAAGAAAGAAAAACAGAUCCCAGACUGGCCGAGUUCUAGGUAUGUCACGAAGCAAUGGCGGGCAAGUAGAGAUCCUAGAGACUACGAAGCCAAUGUUCGAGGCUAUCCAUUCAGAACGUAUAUGAAGGAAGAGAUUCAAGAUAUAGAAAUCAUAAGGAAAAGAGGGCAUGCAAAACCAUCACCGAACAAGGACAAAGACAAGGGUUCAAGUUCCGCUUCGAGCGACACUUGCGAAGGAUUCACAUUGUUGUACCAUCCCACCGAGCCAAGGGUAGGAUUUGCCGCGGUGAAAAAGUCCAAUUUUACCGCAGAAGAUUACUUGCAAGUGUUGGAUGUCAUGAACAAGUAUGCUGGAGAGAAUAACCUCACAGAUAUCAACAGUAAAGGAGACGAUAGAGGAUGCCACUUAUGUGUUGUCUUCAAUGCGGACCUUAAACAUGGUUUUGAGUUUGGUUCAUCAACUGACGAUGAUCUAAUUCUUCAAGGCUACUUACAGUUAAGUGGGCCAAAAUACUACCGGGACUUUUGUCCUGAAGACAUGAAGGAAAGCUGGUUCGAGAAGUUUAGUAGCAACGUUGAUUAUAAGGUUUACACUUGAGGUAUAGUCAUUCGUCCGUGAAAGAAAAUCUUUGAUUUAACUGUUUGUUUUAAAAAAAGAACUUUUUGUAACGAUAUAGCCGCCAUGUUGGAGGAAUAAAAAUAUCGUUGUUUUAAGGUUAAUUAAUUAAAGGCUUAUGUUGAUUUUAAGGUUUACACUUGAGGUAUAGUCACUAGUUCUUUAGAGAAAAUGUCUGAUUCACUGUUGGGUUUUGGGACGUUUUUAUACUCCAGAUAUAAAUGGAAUGGAUAGACCACUUGCAUGUGACGUCAAACCAGCUCAAUAGAUCCUUUUCGAGUUCCAAAAUACCGGUUUUUUUCUUUUGAUUACAGACUCAUUUACUCAGGCUUAGCCUCGAAUCAGUGUCUAAAUAUUCACAAAUACCAACGGUAAAGUAAAGAAUGCACAACUUCAACAAUACGAACACUUUGAAACUUGACGGACCUUGACUAAGCUACAUUCACUCCAAACUAAGCUGCAUUCCGACGUACUGCAAGGGUUCUAUACUGGUAAACAAAUUCUUUGGCUAUACAAUGUACUUUAGACGCCCUACUUUUAGAACUUACGUGUGUACUUAAUCAUUUUGGUUUUGGUGCAUUUGUAAAUAAUUCAUAUGCAUUCAAGGAAAUAAAUUGUUUUUUCUUUGCCUGA